UUCUGGCCUGAGUCACUACAUGAUGUGGCUGUAUUUUCUGAAUCAGAGGAUUCUGAGUAACAACAAGAUUUUGUGGUUAAAGAAUGUCUCCUUCACUGGACUGAGAUCAUUGGAGAGACUAGAUUUGAAGAAUAACUUGAUUAGCACAAUUGAGCCUGGGGCCUUCUAUGGACUUUCAGAACUGAAGCGCCUGGAUCUUUCCAAUAAUAGAAUUGGUUGUCUAACCCCAGAAAUCUUUGUGGGACUUAACAGUCUUCAUAAAUUGAAUUUAUCUGGGAACAUUUUUUCAAGUCUUAUGUAUGGACUUUUUUCUGAAUUGUUAUCUCUGAAAGCCUUACAUUUCCACACUGAUUCACUUAUUUGUGAUUGUAAUCUAAAAUGGGUCUUGCAGUGGGCUAGAAAUGCUUCCGUUCGAAUUGCAGAGGAAACAGUUUGUGUUUACCCCAGUACUUUACAAGGACUGGCAUUCCGUAACCUGAAGGAAAACCAGUUGAUAUGUGCUGGACCUUUGGAACUGCCUCUUUUUGAACUGAUCCCAUCACAAAGACAAGUUGUUUUUCAUGGAGACCGCUUGCCAUUUCAAUGCACUGCAACGUAUGUUGAUAAUACAACUCAAGUACAUUGGUACCACAAUGGUCAUCUUCUUGAAACUGAUGAAGAAAGUGGAAUAUUUGUGGAAGACAGCAUCAUACAUGACUGUUGUUUAAUUACACGUGAGCUUAUCCUGUCCAGCAUUGACAUUGAUGCAACUGGGGACUGGGAGUGUCUUGUCAACAAUUCUUAUGGAACCAGUAGGAAGCAAGUAGAAAUUGUGGUACUAGAAACAGCUGCACCAUACUGCCCUGCAGAAAGAGUAAUUAACAAUAAAGGAGAUUUCAGAUGGCCUAAAACUUUGGCUGGGAUAACAGCUUACCAUCCAUGUUUCCAGUAUUCGUUUAGUUCCAUUUCCUUACGUAAUGGGGCAGAAGAGCCAAAGGCGUGGCGUAAGUGUAACCGGACUGGACGCUGGGCAGAACAAAACUAUUCUGAAUGUCCUUAUUCACAAGAAGUAACACAAGUCCUUCAUGCUUUUAGUGAGAUGCACAUCAAUGGAACCACUGCUCCUGAAUUUUCCCGCCAGCUGAUGGCUUACACAAGAGGUGCUUCCAACUUUGCAGAUAAAAUGGAUAUUAUAUAUUUAGCUUUCAUAAUGGAAAAAUUAAUAGGCUUCAUGGAUGAAGUUGAAGAUAGUAACUACUUGCAUAAAGAUUUCUUAACCUUUGAAAUUGCCAGUAAUGUGAUGUUAGUAGAUGACCAUGUAUUAUGGAUGGCACAAAAUGAAGAGAAAGCUUGUACCAGGAUUGUACAGUGUGUGGAGCACAUUGCAAGUCAGAUGCUGACCAGUAAUACUCAAGUUAUUUCAAAGGUGUCUCUUAAUAUUGCUCUGGAGGCCUUUAUGAUCAAACCAUCAAGCUUCAUAGGAAUGACUUGCACAGCCUUUCAGAAAAUAUCUGCAAAUUCAGACAGGUCAUUGAUCCGUGAUGUGGGGAGUUGGGAAGCAGUUUAUCACCCGGACCAAUACCUGAAUUUUAAGUGUAAUACUGGCAACCUCAGUGGUUCCUUGUUGAAUUUUUCUACCAAGAAUGCUGUAGCAGUAGCUUCAGUUCAUUUGCCACAGUCUGUCUUCUCUCAGUCUUCAGCCUUGCAAUCUGUUGAUAACUCCACUUGCAAGCUACAGUUUAUUGUCUUUCGGAAUGGAAAACUCUUUCCUAGCACAGGAAACUCAUCAAAUCUUGCAGAUGACGGGAAACGUAGGACUGUUGCCACACCAGCUGUGUUUGCUAAAAUAGAUGGGUGCAGUUUCGGAAACCUCACCAGCCCUCUUACUCUAGGCUUGAGGCACUUUGAACGGGGUAUAGACCCUAUUGCAGCGUUUUGGGAUUUUGACCUUCUAGAUGGACAUGGAGGCUGGUGGGGAGAAGGGUGCCACAUAAUUAGCUCUUCAGGCAAUAUUACAACCAUUCAGAGUACACACUUCAGUAACUUUGCAGUGCUAAUGGAGUUGAAGACAGUGCUGUCCUUCCCCCAGUACCCAGGGGAGUUCCUGCACCCUGUGGUAUAUGCAUGUACCGCAGUUAUGCUAUUGUGCCUCUUCGCGUCCAUUAUCACCUACAUUGUGCACCACAGCACAAUCCGAAUCAGUAGAAAAGGAUGGCACAUGCUGCUCAACUUCUGCUUCCAUACGGCUCUUACUUUUGCUGUUUUUGCUGGUGGAAUCAAUCGUGUUAAAUACCCAAUUAUAUGUCAAGCUGUUGGUGUAGUACUGCAUUAUUCUACACUCUCCACUAUGUUAUGGCUUGGAGUAACUGCAAGGAAUAUUUAUAAGCAAGUCACAAAAAAACCACAGCCAUGCCCAAACAGUGACCAACCUUCUUACCCAAAACAGCCAUUGCUCAGGUUUUACCUGAUUAGUGGGGGUGUUCCUUUUAUUAUUUGUGGGAUUACAGCGGCAACGAAUAUCAAUAACUAUGGAAAUGAAGGCAAUGCCCCAUAUUGUUGGAUGGCAUGGGAACCAAGCCUCGGUGCAUUUUAUGGGCCAGUAGCAUUCAUUGUGUUAGUCACCUGUGUGUACUUUCUCUGCACUUAUGUGCAGCUGAAGCGCCAUCCAGAACGCAAGUAUGAAUUAAAGGAAAGGACAGAAGACCAGCAAAGACUGGCAAGUACUGAAGUGGGCCAUAGUCAUAUUACGGACACUGGUUCAGUUGCCCAGGCAUCAUGCUCCAUGAUUUCUUCUUCCUUAUUGGAAAAUGAGCACUCAUUUAAGGCUCAGCUUCGAGCUGCAGCAUUCACUUUGUUCCUGUUUACUGCCACUUGGACCUUUGGAGCACUUGCUGUGUCUCAAAAACAUUUCUUGGAUAUGAUAUUUAGCUGCCUCUAUGGAGCCUUCUGUGUGACCUUGGGGCUUUUCAUUCUCAUCCAUCACUGUGCAAAGAGAGAUGAUGUAUGGCAUUGCUGGUGGUCCUGUUGCCCAUCUAGAAGAAACACAUACUCUGUACAAGUUAAUGUCCGCCCAAAGGUUAAUGUCAAUGGGGACACCCAGGUUCAUACAUCUUGUCUUCAGGAGUCACCAUGUCCUAACAAAUCAGCUGUUUUUAAUCAUCCAGCUGCUAGUCACUGCAAACUUACUAAUCUACAAGCUGUUCAAAACCAUGUUAACUGCCUUUCACCAGUUACACCCUGUUGUGCAAAAAUGCACUGUGAUCAACUUCUUGAUGAUGAAGCUCAUAUUCAUGUACACAAUGAAGGAACUUUCAGACCUAACGUGCAUAUUCAUAGAUGUCUGAAAAGCAGAACUAAGCCACGUUACUUCAGUCGACAUAGGUCUGCGGGAGAGAGAGAAUAUGCCUAUCACAUUCCUUCAAGUAUCGAUGGCAGCAUCCACAGUUCACAUACAGACAGUCCACACAGUACGCAUGAUAGUCAGUCAGGGCACAGACGGGCCUGCUGUGCAAAAAGUGAUCCAUACCCUACCAUCAACCAACCUGAAAGUAGCGAUGCAAGUACUGUUAUAUACAGUUGUGCUAAAAUGCCAGAAAGUGACACUGUGCACCAUACAGCUCAUUUUGAGAUGCAUCCACGGACACAAUCAUUGCCAUUUAAUACAACUAAUCACAAUGGAAUUCUCAAGGGAAAUGUGCAUGAAGCCAUGAUAUACAGUUCAGAUAGUACAGGAAAUAUCAAAACGGGCCCUUGGAAAAAUGAAACUACUGUGUAGUUCAUGGGCCACUCAUUUGUCUUUUUUCACUCUAGUCAUCGUAAGCUUUGUUUUUAUUCUAAAUUGAAUAAGGCGAUGUAUUUGUGUAGCACAUCGGCAAAUUGUGUGUGUUUUUCCACCAUGGUUUCUGUUUUCUUAUUGAGAAGAGACUAAAAAAUUGCUGUAGUGGCAGUGUUUUAAAAGUGAAGUUAUUUUUAAAAGAAUGUUGAUAAAUUGUUCUGGGAGAAUAUUAGAAAAUGGAGCUAAGAGAAACUGACUAUGAGAGGCAAUAUCCUUUUGUUACAAAGAACUAUAUUUCUUUAGAAAGGCAUCAUUUUUAUUCAUUCUUUUGGCUUUUAAUUCCAAUAACUUCAAACACUUUUUAUAAACAUAUCAGCAUCUUAAACUUUUACUUAUUUAUUUUUGUAGCAAAGUAUAAUUACUGUGCCAUGGAUUUUAAUCAGAAGUGACAACAAUAGAAAUGAAGAGCAGGAUUUUGUAAAAUUACUAAUGCAGCUUUUUAGAUCUACAAAAGUGAUACUGCCUCUAAAGUUCUUCUGUAGCAUAU